AAUGUUGGCAAAAGAAAAAAAAAAAAAAAGGAAGAAGAGGCGAGGACGACCCCUGGACCGACCAAAGCCCGUGUGCCACUGCAUCCCUGCGCCCAGUGCCUACGUCCUGUGGCCACUGCCAAGAGAAAGGCUGAAGGGGAUGCUAAAGGAGAUAAGGCCAAGGUGAAGGACGAACCACAGAGAAGAUCCGCAGGGUUGUCCGCUAAACCAGCUCCUCCAGAGCCAGAACCCAAGCCUAAAAAGGCCCCUGCAAAAAAGGGAGAGAAGGUGCCCAAAGGGAAAAAGGGAAAAGCUGAUGCUGGCAAGGGUGGGAAUAACCCUGCAGAAAAUGGAGAUGCCAAAACGGACCAGGCACAGAAAGCGGAAGGUGCUGGAGAUGCCAGGUGAAGUGUGUGCGUUUUUGAUAACUGUGUACUUCUGGUGACUUACAGUUUGAAAUACUGUUUUUUAUCAAGUUUUAUAAAAAUGAAGACUUUUGUUUUACUUUUUUUUUUAAGCUAUGUUGUUAGCACACAGAACACUUCAUUGUUGUUUUGGGGGAAGGGGCAGAGGUCACUAACAGAAGGUCUCCGGAGCUCGAUCGAUGGGGGAAACAGCUUCCCCUGUAGUUUUGAGAGACUUCCUCUCAGCUCCCAGGAAGGAUUCCUGCCUUUGACACAGCCACCGGGGCACACACCCUGUGGUGUGGAAAAACUAAAUUUGAUUUUAUGCCCUCUUCCUCCCCCCGUCUGCCUUCAGCAUAGACUUAAUGCCCUCAAACCCAGAGACCUGUUGGGACCUAACCCCAGACAAUUUGGUACGAGCAUGAUGGGCAAUCUGGACUUCACAGUGACACCCCUGAGGUGGGGCCCUGAAAAGAGCAGCUGUUCCUUCUUUAGAUUGUGGAUCUUCAGAUUGACCAUUCUGCCAUUUCAUUUCAUUUCCUGAAAGUCAGGGUCGGCUUGUGAAAAGUUGUUAAACAACAUGCUGAAUGUGAAAUGUCAGCCCUCACUCUAAACUCCCCCUUUCCAGAGCGUCGUGGAGACUUCAUUGGGUUUUAUAGUGGCUUUCUGAUUUGGUCGUCCAUUGAAGAAGGGAGUUGAAAGUUGUUGUAUACUGUUCAUGAUUGUCUGCCCAUGUCCUGCCUGAAAUACCAUGAUGGUUUAUGGAAAGAAUCUUUAAUAAAGCUGGAUACAGUUUGGCUUGGAAAAAAAAGGCCUCUCCUUCUUGUGGGGAGCAACUUGGACUAGACUAAGUUACUGGAAUUGAGACUUAUUCUAUGCAUCUGCUCUCCCACAAUAUGGCGCUAGGAGAGGAGGAAACAGCUUCUACACAGCUGCCUCCAGUUCAACCAAUAAACUGUAGGACCUGCUCCUGAUUGGAGGAGAGCAGCGUACUCGGCGUGUGGGUAGCAGAGUUGGGAUUGGUGGAAGAGGACUAUAAAGGAGGAGAGAGACAACAUGCACGUGGAACAUCUAUCUGAAGGAACACCUGUGCAGCCCCCGAGAGAGCCGGCCGGCGGUGUGCUGCUCCCCCGCGGAAGUGGGGAAAGUGGCAGGGGGAGCCGCCCUUCCACGGAGGUGGAAGGGACGGUAGCCAACCCGGGGAGGGCCGAGCAGACAAAACAGCGCAGGGUCCUGUGUCAUUCCUCCACGAAGAGGGGGAGCGACACCUUCUCUCUCUGUGUAACUCUGGACUUUCAAGUAAAUAAAUAAAUAAAUCUUAAAAAAAAAAAAGAAUGAAAUUGGAUCCAUACUUCUCACCAUAUAUGAAAAUCAACUCAGUAUGGACCAAAGACCUAAAUUUAACCCCAGACUACAAAGUUGCUGGAAGAAUACAUAGGUGGAAACAUUCCAAGUCAGUAGGGUGGGAGAUGACUUCUUGGACAAGACCACCAAAGCACAGACAACAAAAGCACAACUAAACAAAUGAGACUAUGCCAAACUCAGAAUCUUCUGCACAGCAAAAUAAAUGACCAAUAGAUUGAAGAGACUUCCAACAAAAUGGGAAAAAAUAUUUUCAAGCUACUCAUCCAACAAAGGAUUAGUAGUCAGAAUGUAUCAGCAAGUUAGAAAACUCAACAACAAUAAAAAAAAAACAGUGAAUCCAGUUAAGAAUUAGGCAAAGGACAUCAAUAGAUAGUUCUCAAAAGAAGAACAACAAGUGGCCAACAAAUAUAAAUGAAAAAGUGCUUAACAUCUCUAGCCAUCAGAGAAAUGCACAUCAAAACCACAAUAAGAUAGUACCUCACCUCUGUCAGAGGGACUGAAAUCCAAAACACAGAGAGUAACAAAUGCUGACGAGGAUAUGGAGAAAGGGGAACACUUACACACUAUUGGUGGGAAUGUAAAUUAGUGAAGCCACUGUGGAAAACAAUGUGGAGAUUUCUCAGAAAACUAGAAAUAGACUUGCCAUAUGAUCCAGGAAUCUCACUACUGGGUAUAUAUCUAAAAGGCAUAUGUUGUAUCAAAGAGAUACCUGCACCACCAUGUUCAUAGCAUCACUGUUCACAAUAGCCAAAAUUUGGAAUCAACCAAGGUGUCCAGCAUCAGAUGAAUAGAUAGGGAAAAUGCAGUGUGUAUAUAUAUAUAUGUAUAUAUAUAUAUAUACAUACAUACAUACCAUGGACUAUUAUUCUCCUAUAAAAAAGAAUGAAAUUCUAGCAUUGCAGCAAAAUGAAUGCGACUGGAGAACAUCAUGUUGCGUUAAAUAAGCCAGCCCCAGAAAGAUAAAUACCACGUGUUCUCCCUUAUAAGUGGGCACUAAAGUAAAAAAAAAAAAAGAAAAAAGAAAUGUCUGUGUAUCAGUAUUGCUACAAAUACAGGUUUGUAAAAUUUGUUUUACAUCUUUUUCAAACUAGUGGCUAAGAAUGUUAUACUACUAUGGUUUUAAUAAUCUGUGAUUACUUUAAAAUUUACUGUAUAUGGGUGAAAUGGUCUUUUUUCCAUUCAAUUACUGUUUAUAGCCAUUGCUUAUAUUCCUACUAAACUAGGGUCUUUUGCUUUUUACUUGUUAAACUUCUUAUUAGGUGAAGUAGUAAGCUUUUUUACUUUAAUGUAAAUUUAAAACAUGUUAUCUCAAAAACUAAAGAAGGGAUAAAAGAGGGAGGGAGGGAUGAUGAGGAGAGAGUUGGAGGGAGGAACUGAAUAUUAUAUUCAUAGAAUUAUAUAUAUGAACUAUAUUGAAUCUAUUAAAAAUGAUUAAAAAGAAAAAUAAUCAAAAGUAAAAUUAAAAUACUUUAACAACAAAAAACCAAGGAACGGAUUCUAUCAAUAAAAAGCUUUAGCUGUCACUUGUGUAUGGAAAUAACAGUCCUCAUUACUAUGAAUGGGACAUUCCCUUUGUUUGUUUAGCUAUGGAUGAAAAUUCUCACCUCCUGAAGCUGUUAAACUUAGAGCCUUGGUCUCUUUAGCGUGUUUGAACCAUCUGAACUUGUGUGGACACCGCCAAAUCUGCCACACAUGAAACCGAUAAAGACAGAUAAUUGCAGAAUUACAAAACAGUGAAGGGAGAAACCUAAAUCACUUUCCUGUACUACUUACUGAGAGAGUUCUUUGGGGGCAACUUUUUCACGGCAAUUUGGAUUAUCCAAUGCCUUAAAACUGCCUCCUCACUUUUACUUAGCAAUGUCACUUUUGGGAAUUUAUGCUAAGACAUAGCUGUGGAUAUUUGUGAAGUUGUAGAUACAGAGGUGUUCAUUAGAGCAUUGCCUUGAAAACACACACACGCACGCACACACGCA